CUGACCGGUGAUGAUCCACAGCAGGAUACACUGACCUCUGAAGGUGGAUUGGACACUUACACCAUUCGACCAGUCGUAGGAAGAACUAGACAUAAAAUAAAUAUGAACUGUGAUAUAGACAUGCUGAUAGGCCUACUGGAACUCAAGAAGGCUUAUUUAGAGCUGAUUUUACAGUUCAAUUUACAGCUUGAAAAAUACAAAAGACAAUCAGAUGAAAGGAAACGAUUACUAAAGGUUGUAAUAGAAAACUGCAAGAAUGAAACUGUUAUGCAGUGGCUGAGAGAAAAUGAAGAGUCUGUCACCUUCAGCAAACUUGUAGACAUGUUUCAUUUCUGGAAAAAACAUAUUGAUGAGGAGGAAAAGAAGAACCACGGUGACAAUGUUGACAUCACCUUUGUGGCACAUGGAGCCAUCAAAGACUUCAUGAUUCCAGCCAGCUGUCUGCUGCCUCUACCCACCAUCACUGAUGUGGUCCUGUAUGCUCCCUGGAACUGUGUCACUGCUGGUGACGAAUACGGCAUUGCAACAGGACGAAUACAGCCUCGACACAGAGUUUUCUACUGCGUGAAAGGGAAAGGCUGUACAAUUCCUGAUGAAAUGCAUCGACCAGUGGAACUACCAGACCACUGGAACUCAAUGAAGAAGGCUGGAGGAUGCAAAAUUCCAAACAUCACCGUUAGCCCUCUUCAACCAGAGGAGGGUGUGUUGGAAUACUAUGAACUUUGCAAAAAAACAUAUGGUCCACCAGGCAGAAACCGCAUUUUCAUCCCAUUCAUCCUCCCAGAAAAGGAAAGUGUCCAGUUCUCUGUGGUCAUGUUGGCCCUAUCCCUGGUUCUCCUGUCCUCCAGAUUUAAAGCCACUGUCCACUUAAGUGCCUGUCUAGGUGAUCAAUCUACUGGACAGAAAUUUGACAAGGAGCAACUAAAGAAGCAGUAUGCCUACACUAUUGACAACACCUCAAUGAAAGUUUCACUAGACAUGCUCAAUGAAACAUGGAUAGAUUAUUUGAAGCGUUGGUUUGGUGUUUAGACAUCCUCCAUGUCUCCAAACUGUUGAAAACUGAAUGAGAAAAUAUUGAAUUGAAAUUCCAGUACAGGACAACUCUAUUACAACGGCAAUGCUACUAUGCUGAUAUUUAGCAAAUCUGGCUAAGGCUAAUGAUGGAAUGAGAUAAACAUUCAGUGCAAAUAUGAAACAUCAAAGUUGUAUGAUUCAUCCUGAAGGGACCAUGACUGUCUGGACCAACUUAUAUCACAAUCCAUGCAAUAGUUGUUGAGAUAUUUAUGGACCACAGUGGAGGAAAGGCAGACACUUUCAAGAUUCAGAGCUGUAUGACUAUAAAACACUGAACAUACCCUCAGGAUUUAUUUGACUCACUAGUGAGUUUCAGUGAACAUAGAGUGUAGCUGUGUACAGCUGACAUGGACCUGGUGGUUCAGUUUGCACAUGGAGAUUUAUUUUCUAGGAUAUUGCCCCUAGAGUUCUCCAAAGGGCGCAGCUCCAGGUUGCAUCUGAUUUUCAUGACACAUUUACAGUUUUGAUUAUUUCAAAAGUUAAACAGCUGUACAAAAUUAUUAGAAUAUGUGCCAAAAUUAUUAGUAAAUGUGAUUAAAAGUUAAUUAGUGUUUUAUUUCACCUUAUGCAAAUUAGUGUUUUAUGUUGAUGACUGACAGACACUUCCAGGAAAAGUGUUGACUAUAUGUGCUUAAAGAUGUACAUUUUACAUUAUCGGAAACUUUGUGUUCACAAUCAAAUAUGAAGA